AUGGACAUGGAUACCAAUGAUUAUGAUGAUGACGAUGACGUAUCACUCGUACAUCGAUAUCACCUUUGUGAUGCUACCAAUAAGGAUGUGUAUCAAGAGUAUUUACAUUUCUAUUGGAUAGAGAACAAGGAAAUCAUCAUCUACAAGAACAUAAGAAUGAGCAAGAUGGAAUAG